AUGGGAGAAAGUGACGUCAUAGAUCGGCUAUUACAGGAAGGUCUUUGCUGUGAUGACGUCGCCGCCCUCUCACGGACUGUCGUAUUCAAGGGAAAUUCAGCCGAGCUCGAAUGCCAAGUCGACGGUGCCGUCUACACCAUCAAUUGGAUGAAAGGAGACGAUAUCGAUACUGCGAUCACAGUGGCAUCGUUUAUUGAUAGCGUUCACGAGGGAAGCGACGGUGGCCGUAUCUCGAUGUCGCCGUCUUGGUCACUGGUGAUCAAUGACGUCGGGAUAGAGGAUGAAAGCACGUAUUUUUGCGUCGUCAUGUUGACGUCAUCAAGCAACGAGGAGGUGAUUGAGACGGAGUUAGUGGUUGCAGUGCCCCCUGCUGAGUCGUACCCUAACAUCGUGUUACUCGAACCGACAUCUUCGCCAUCAACAAACGCAUCUUGUCAGUACACCAUACCACAGGGCACGCAAUACAGAUUAUCAUGCGAGGUUGCUAGCUUCAGGCCAUCCGUCGAGUUACUCUGGUUCGUCGACAACGUAUACGAGCGCGGAGCACCGUUGAAGUUUGCCGACAAUCCAGACGGAACUAAGGACGUGUAUGGUAGUCUUGAUGUGACAAUGGGUGCUUCAAAUAUGGAAUUCAGAUGCGAAGUGAACGGCGAGGCUAUACCGGACCCACCUCGGACAAACACAGCUCUAGUAUGCUCAAUUCCAGGCACAUCUGGCGGUGGAGGAAAUAACACUACAACCAUUAUUGUAGUAGUGGUAAUCGUCAUUGUGUUGAUAGCUGCUGUUAUCGGGAUUGCAUUAUGGAUGAGAAUAUUAAUAAAAGACACAAUGGUCCGUUCAAACUACAGUAAAACUGUCAGUGCUGAUGACGACACACCAUCGCGAGGACGAAUGUCCAACUUCUGUCACAUUUGUUUUGCGACCUGCUGCCCAUGUACCGUAAGGGACGACGAAAUCGAUGCGGAAACACAGAGGAGAAAAACGACAUCGUCAUCACAGCCGAGUGACGAGAGAGAAAAGAAACGGAAAGCGCCAUCUGCUGCAUUAAAAGCAAGAAUUCAACAAAAUCGUAAGAAGCAGAGUGGAAAGUCUGGAGAAGAAAACAGUAAUCAGUUACCUUCAGAUAAACCACAUGAACAUUCUCCUAUGCUUGAAAACCCAACUGAGACGUCAACACCAGCGAAUAAUAAACCUCCAGGAGCCAGGCCUAAGACAAGACCGAUUGAUGAUGCUUCGGUUGUUAUAAGAGUUCCACAUCAAGCAGCACACGGUCGAGGGGAAACGAACGGGGUAGCGACGGGUGAAGCAGAGACCGGAUUCUGACGGCAGUAAACUUUGCCACGCCGGACAUCGAUCGAUCAGUACUUUUUUGUUUCCUUUUAACGCGAUCAGAAACUGACUGUGAUCCGUCAUGAUAAAAUAUCCUUCGAUGGAUGUAUUGUCUUCAAGUUGACAGUAGGCAGGAUCCUGUGUGAUCCCAGGCUGGACACAAUGGUGCAAAAUCCUUCUCUGCUAUGUGGAUGUGACACAGUCACGUGUUGAUGCGGGAUGAUAGACCAAGUAUGCACCAGAAGAAGUCUCCGCCAAUUUGAGUAGAAAGAGCUUGUCAAUUUUUAGAAGUCCACUGAAAAGGAUUUUUACCCGCAAAUAGGCAAUCCCAAUGUUGUUUUCUUGGAUGCUUGCGACAAACGGGGAAUAUUCUUGAGGAAAAAUCUUCUUAAGAAAGCUGUUUUGUCGAAGAAGGGUUUUGGGCACUUGUUUAAUUUGUGGCAAGUGUUGCCUCCUUGCUUGUAAAGUUUUAUGAAGACAGUUUAUACCGAGUCGUUGUCCAGACGAGUUUGUUUGGCCAAGACGGCAAUUUCAGGAACUUUGCGAUCAAUAUUUCAUAACUUGUAGUGUGAGAAAAUAUUACAGUGCAGAAACUUAAACAUUUUUUCUGCUAUUUAGUGCAUAUAAUUAUGUUGAAAAAACUCGGAUCAAAUUUUGUUGUAUUUAUCUGCUAAAGAUCAAAUCCAUCCAAACAAAAAGUUUAUUUGAAUAACGAGAGAAAAAUCAAACAAGGAUGACGCUUAAAAUCUCAUCAAAUUCGGGUUUGAAAUAAAAAGUUAUGAUUUUAAAGAGGGACCAUGUUCACACUAAGUAUGGGAAGCCAAAAGUAUCCAAAUUUUUAUUAAGAUGUAUGUUUCUUAUGUUUACUGUGCUCUUUCCUGAUUCAUUGAUGGUGAAGACAAUCAUCUAUUUAUACUUCCUAGACAAUUAUGAUUGAUUUGAGAGCCAAAUGAGCUGAAGUAUGAUAUCUCUUCUGUUAGUGAUUUAUGGAACAAUUGGCUAUCCAUACUUAAACCACAACUUUAAACCUGAGUUUAAGUUAAACCUGCCAUUAGAAUACGGGCCAAUGAGUACACGGAGGUGGCAGAGUUAAUACGGGAGCUGCACGGCGCGCCGCGGCGGUACUGCGAUUGAUGAGGGGUAGAGGGAGAUCCGCGUUAGCGCCGUGUUAAAAACGUAUUAAGAACGUGGUUUCUGCCCACCGUUGAGACACGGAGCAUGGCGGUUUGAGAACCGGCAAUGUGUGAUCGCACCUCAAGCGUCGCUAUUUUUUACUACCUUUUUUAAGAACUUGAGUAUCGUGUUUUUAAGAAUUUUUAUCAUUUAAGUUUAUAUAAUAUGUACUCAACUCUUGAAUGAUUGACAAUCUAGUGGUGAAUAUUUAUUCCGAGUUAAUGAAAUAAUUUUCUCUGAUGCUAAAAUUACACCAACGAAUCCGACUCUUAACCGAUCCGUGUAUGUCAUUGGUAUUAACGAAACAUAAAUGGUCAGUCUGGAGUCGGUUUGCCGGUUUGAUUGCGACAUUGUACAAUAAAAGCGGUGGAACCGACUCCGAACCGACCGAUGGUAUGUAAUUGUAACUAAUGCAAUAGAUUCCUGGUCGGUUUGUAAUCGGUUUCAUGUGUGUGACUGUAGCCUUAGACAACAUCGACUAUAAUUUCUUUUUUCCCCAAAUCGCCAAGAAGCGUUUAAAUAGAGGUCAUAAAUAAUUAUGUGUUUUUAUGUUUUCUUUUUAAAUAUUGAUACUGCCAUUUUACUCAUUUUUAAAACUCAUGGACUUUCUUUCUUUGACAUCUUGUAUUCAUACAAUUUUUUUUAUCCGCGAAUUUCUCGAUUUUUAGCCUUAAUUAGUUAAGCUCAACAUUAUAAUCCAUAUGCAAUUUUUAGAGAAUAGUUUAUGAGGUCUCAUUGUAUUCAAAUGGAAUAAAUAUGCAGCUGAAAUUUAAUCUGUAAAUUACAAUGAAUUACAUGAGUAUAUUAAAGCUAUCUUUUCACCAGUGCCAACAUUUGAAAAGUCUCUGUACAUACAGUUUAUUCUAAUUAAUGUCUAAUUAACGUAGUGAGCUACAUAUUUCCAGCAAGGCUAUUCACUUUCGUUUCUAGCAUAGUAUUCCGCAUAUUUCGCUUUGCGCUUGAUAUUUAUUUUUAUUUUUUGUAUUUGCGUUUGAAAGAAACCCAUUCUGCAACGGACUCCUGUUAUCCAUGAAAUAUACAUUGUAGUUUAUUGGAUUAUUAUGUAAUUCUGAGGAGCGUGGAUACCGCGGUGGGGUGGGGGUGGUGGGCGGUCGCCCCUCCGGCCUCCGAUUAUUAGUAGUGAUAAAAAAAAAGUAAAUAGAAAAAGAACAAAAGGAGAGUAUCGAAAUCAGGUAAACCAUGUUUUUAACCCAUGUAUUUUAGAUUUCAUCCCUAAUAAUUAUUACGCUUUACUUCGUUUUCACGCAGCAAUGAUCACCUAAUGAAGAGUUAAUUUACAGAACUGACACAAUUACAAGAAUUAACGGUUCACAUGAAUUUGUUAAAGGACAAGUCCAUCCCAACAAAAAGUUGAUUUGAAUAAAAAGAGAAAAAUCCAACAAGCAUAACACUGAAAAUUUCUUCAAAAUCGGAUGUAAAAUAAGAAAGUUAAGACAUUUUAAAGUUUCGUUUAAUUUCACAAAACAGUUCUAUGCACAUCCUGGUCGGUAUGCAAAUGAGGAGACUGAUGACGUCAUCCACUCACUAUUUCUUAUGUAUUUUAUUGUAUGAAAUGUGAAAUAUUCUAAUUUUCUCCUCAUUGUCAAGUGAGACAAAGAUUAUUUCCUCCCGGAACAUGUGAAAUAAGCAUUAUUUGAUACUAUAUGGUUCAGUCAAGUUGGCCCUUAAUGUCAAAUCUGUAAAAUAUGAAAUAUUGUAUAAUUCAAAUAAUAAAAAAACAAAAGAAAUAGUGAGUGAUAGACAUUAUCGACUGUCUCAUUUGCAUGUCACUGAGUUGUGCAUAUCACUGUUUUAUGAAAUAUAAGCGAAACUUAAAGUAAUCAUAACUUUUUUAUUUUACAUCCGAUUUUGAUGAAAUUUUCAGUGUUAUGCUUGUUUGAUUUUUCUCUAUUUAUUCAAAUCAAUGUUUUCCUGGGGUGGACUUGACCUUUAAUUUGUUAAAGGAGUGAAAUUCACUCAAAACAAGUGAAAGUCAGUCUUAAUCUAAUUCACUCGUUUUUUCUAAAGAGAGUAUGAUGUAAACAUGAUAUUGUAUGUUCUAAUCGUGAUAAUUCUUAUUACUGAUGAAAAUGUGAUUGAGUAAUAAUGAAAAUAAAAUGAAAUCAUUGCAAUUAUCAUA